CUGUCAGUUUUUGUUCUGCUUUGAUAUCCCGAUUGAAGUCAUUUAUCACUCCUUUGCUCAACUUUAAGAUGCUUUUGAUCAUUCCCCUUAUUGCUUAUUCAGGAUUACAGCAAGCUUUUGUAUGGUAUUGCUUAUCGAGGCCUUUGCCUCAACAACUUGUUUCAAUCUUUGCCUUCCUUAAAGGAAAAAAAUUCCACAUAUCUUCUUGACUAAGGACAUGUUUGCGAUUUUAGGGCUUACACCAAGGAUGUUGUAAACCCAACUCUCGGAGAGGCCGGUGUGGGUGGUGCGAUGGCAGUUUAUGGGGCUUUUGAUGCAAUUUGUUCACUAGUGGCUGGUCGACUCACAUCUGUCCUGAGAUCAAUAACAUUCAUAGUUUGCACGGGAGCUUUUUUUCAGGCAGUGAUAUUCAUCUGGCUUUCGCUAAAAUACAGUGCGACUGGUGGGGUGCUCGCUGUAGUGUACCCACUUCUCAUGGCAGCUUUACUUGGUAUCGGUGACGGGGUAUUGAAUACGCAGCUCAGUGCUUUGCUUGCUCUACUGUUUAAGCACAUGGCCAGAAGUGCAGUUAUGAACUUCAAAAUCCAUGAUCACGCUCGAUUAUUUCUUAUCAGAACAGGAAGGUGCAUUUUCACAGCUCAAGGUGUGGCAGAGUUCGGCCAUUGCAUCUGUCUUCUUUUUAAACACGGCUGUUACGUUGCGGACAUUGGCGACGAUUAUGCUUGCUGCAAUCUUUGUUUCCUUGGCCCCAUUUUUGUACCUCAUUCUAAAGGUAGAGAAGGCAUUCUCUAG